AUGGUUGCCCCAGUAAAUAUAAUCGUUGGUUCUCAUGUGUGGAUUGAAGAUCCAGGAGUCGCAUGGAUUGAUGGAGAAGUUGUCAAAAUUAAUGGCGAAGAAGUUCAUGUGCAGGCCACAAACGGGAAGUCCGUUGUGGCCAAAAUUGCAAACGUAUUUCCAAAGGACACAGAAGCGCCCCCUGGGGGUGUUGAUGACAUGACAAAGCUCUCAUAUUUACAUGAACCAGGUGUUUUGAAUAACUUGGCCAUGAGAUAUGAGCUGAAUGAAAUUUAUACAUAUACUGGAAAUAUCUUGAUUGCUGUAAAUCCAUUUCAAAGGUUACCACAUCUCUAUGAUACUCAUAUGAUGGAGCAGUAUAAAGGAGCAGGUUUUGGGGAAUUAAGCCCUCAUGUGUUUGCAAUUGCAGAAGUUGCUUACAGGGCGAUGAUCAAUGAGGGCAAGAGCAACUCAAUUCUUGUUAGUGGGGAAAGUGGUGCUGGUAAGACUGAGACCACAAAGAUGCUUAUGCGUUACCUUGCUUUCCUUGGUGGUCGAUCCGGUGUUGAAGGAAGGACAGUGGAGCAACAAGUUUUGGAGUCAAAUCCAGUUCUUGAAGCUUUUGGAAACGCCAAAACUCUGAGGAAUAACAACUCCAGUCGAUUUGGAAAGUUUGUUGAGCUUCAGUUUGACAAAAGUGGGAGAAUAUCUGGAGCAGCUGUCCGAACAUAUUUGUUGGAAAGGUCUCGAGUGUGUCAAAUAUCAGAUCCAGAAAGAAAUUAUCACUGCUUUUACCUUUUAUGUGCUGCUCCACCUGAGGAAAGAGAAAAGUUUAAGUUGGGAGAUCCCAAGUCAUUUCACUACCUAAAUCAGUCGAAGUGCUAUAAACUGGAUGGAGUGGAUGAUACCGAGGAAUAUCUUGCUACCCGGCGAGCUAUGGAAAUUGUUGGCAUCAGUGAAGACGAACAGGAUGCAAUUUUUAGAGUUGUUGCCGCAAUCCUUCAUCUUGGUAAUGUCGAAUUUGCAAAAGGAAAAGAGAUUGACUCCUCAGUUUUGAAGGAUGACAAAUCAAGAUUUCAUCUGGGUGUGACUGCUGAACUUCUUAGGUGUGAUGCAAAGAGUUUGGAAGAUGCAUUGAUAAAACGUGUAAUGGUGACACCAGAAGAGGUUAUUACAAGAACACUUGAUCCUGAUUCAGCCACGGGUAGCAGGGACGCAUUAGCAAAAACUAUCUAUUCACGCUUGUUUGAUUGGCUUGUUGAUAAAAUUAACAAUUCUAUCGGGCAAGAUCCGAACUCUAAGACAAUAAUUGGUGUUCUUGAUAUCUAUGGGUUUGAAAGCUUUAAGAUCAACAGCUUUGAGCAGUUUUGCAUCAAUUUUACCAAUGAAAAGCUGCAACAGCAUUUCAACCAGCACGUCUUCAAAAUGGAACAAGAAGAUUAUACAAAAGAAGAGAUCAAUUGGAGUUACAUAGAAUUUGUUGAUAACAAGGAUGUGUUGGAACUCAUUGAGAAGAAACCUGGAGGAAUCAUUGCACUUCUAGAUGAAGCAUGUAUGUUUCCUAAGUCGACACAUGAAACAUUUGCUCAGAAGCUGUACCAAACGUUCAAAAACAGUAAGAGGUUCACCAAGCCAAAGCUAUCUCGGACCAACUUUGCAAUAUCGCAUUAUGCUGGAGAGGUAACUUAUCAGGCCGACUUGUUUCUUGACAAGAACAAAGAUUAUGUGGUGGCAGAACAUCAGGAUCUAUUGAUCGCUUCCAGCUGUACUUUCGUAGCUGGCCUAUUUCCUCGCCUAGCAGAAGAAACAUCAAGUAAAACCAAAUUUUCUUCCAUCGGGUCACGCUUUAAGCUCCAACUUCAAUCUUUGAUGGAGACACUGAGUUCAACCGAACCUCACUACAUCAGAUGUGUGAAGCCAAAUAAUGUACUUAAGCCAGCCAUCUUCGAGAAUGUGAACGUAAUCCAACAGUUACGGUGUGGUGGUGUUCUGGAAGCUAUUAGAAUCAGCUGUGCAGGUUAUCCCACAAAGCGGACGUUUUAUGAGUUUCUUAAUCGUUUUGGUGUUCUUGCUCCAGAAGUUCUGGAUGGAAAUUAUGAUGACAAAGUUGCAUGCAAAAUGCUUCUGGAUAAGAUAGGCUUAAAGGGUUAUGAAUUAGGGAAAACAAAAGUAUUCCUUAGAGCUGGGCAGAUGGCUGAGUUGGAUGCAAGAAGAGCUGAGGUUCUUGGAAAUGCCGCUAGGAGAAUCCAAAGGCAAAUCCGUACUUACAUUGCUCGUAAAGAAUUCCGUGCUCUACGUGGAGCUGCUAUCGUGUUGCAGUCCAAUUGCCGAGGCAAAUUGGCGUGCAACGUUUAUGAGGAAAUGCGGCGCCAAGCAGCAGCGUUGAAGGUUCAGAAAAGUUUCAGAAGACAUACUGCCAGAGAAUCUUAUUUAACGAUAAGACUUUCUGCAAUAGUAGUUCAAACGGCACUAAGGGGAAUGGUUGCUCGCAAAGAGUUCAGAUUCAGAAAGCAAAUGAAGGCUGCUACUAUUAUUCAGGCUCGUCUUCGUGGUCACCUCGCACAUUCUUACUACAAGAAACUCCAGAAAGCUGCCCUGUCUUCACAAUGUGGCUGGAGGAGCAGGGUUGCACGAAAAGAAUUGAGGACACUUAAGAUGGCUGCCCGAGACACAGGAGCCCUUAGAGAGGCGAAAGAUAAACUUGAAAAGCGUGUUGAGGAACUAACAUGGCGUUUACAACUGGAAAAGCGACAGAGAACCGAUCUGGAAGAAGCAAAAGCCCAAGAAUAUGCAAAACAGCAGGAGGCUUUGCAAGCAAUGCGGUUGCAAGUUGAAGAAGCAAACGCUGCUGUCAUUAGAGAACGGGAGGCUGCAAGGAAAGCUAUCGAAGAAGCUCCUCCAGUCAUUAAGGAGACUCCGGUAUUGGUUGAGGAUACUGAAAAAAUCAAUUCAUUAACAUCAGAUGUGGAAGCUCUAAAGGCUUCGCUUCAGUCUGAACGACAAGCCGCAGAAGUCUUAAGAAAAGCUUUCUCAGAGGCAGAGGCUAGAAAUUCAGAGCUGGCCACAGAACUGGAAAAUGCUACGAGAAAAGCAGAUCAGCUUCAUGAAUCGGUACAAAGAUUGGAAGAGAAGCUUUCCAACUCAGAGUCAGAGAUUCAAGUACUCCGACAACAGGCACUUGCUAUAUCGCCAACCAGCAGAUCUAUGGCCACACGAUCCAAAACAAUGAUUUUACCGAGAACUCCAGAGAAUGGAAAUCUUCUCAAUGGAGAAACAAGGAUGACACCGGACAUGACUCUUUCUGUACGAGAACCAGAGUCUGAAGAGAAACCACAAAAGCAUCUGAAUGAAAAGCAGCUGGAAAACCAAGAUCUACUAGUCAAGUGUAUCUCACAAAACCUCGGAUAUGCUGGGGACAAGCCUGUUGCUGCAUGUGUCAUUUACAAAUGUCUUCUUCAUUGGAGAUCAUUUGAGGUCGAAAGAACCAGCGUCUUUGACCGUAUCAUUCAAACAAUAGCUUCGGCCAUUGACGUCCCAGAUAAUAAUGAGAUUUUGGCGUAUUGGUUAUCUAAUUCAGCCACAUUAUUAUUGCUUCUGCAACGCACACUCAAAGCAACUGGAGCAGCUAGUUUAACACCACAGAGACGAAGAACAGCAUCAACGUCUCUAUUUGGAAGGAUGUCACAAACGAUAAGGACAUCUCCUCAAAGUGCUGGGCUCUCUUUUCUGAAUAGACAAGGUCUCACCAAGCUUGAUGACUUGAGGCAAGUUGAAGCAAAGUACCCCGCACUACUUUUCAAGCAGCAGCUUACUGCAUACCUCGAGAAGAUAUAUGGAAUGAUCAGAGAUAAUCUUAAGAAAGAGAUCUCUCCUCUUCUUGGGUUAUGUAUACAGGCACCAAGGACAUCAAGGGCAAGUUUGGUGAAAGGGAGAGCACAAGCAAAUGCUGUUGCUCAACAAGCUCUAAUUGCCCAUUGGCAAAUCUUCUUCUACAUCGUGAGUGCUGCUCAUUCAGCAAUGGGGAGUACGUUAAAGCAGUAUGCUGGCUCAGCUUGGGAUGAGUUGAGGCAUGUCAGGCAGGCAGUUGGUUUCCUGGUCAUUCAUCAAAAGCCGAAAAAGACUUUAGACGAAAUAACAAGAGAACUCUGUCCGGUGCUAAGCAUACAGCAGCUAUACAGAAUCAGCACAAUGUACUGGGAUGACAAAUAUGGCACUCAUAGUGUUUCUUCAGACGUUAUUGCAAACAUGAGGGUGAUGAUGACAGAGGACUCGAACAAUGCCGUAAGCAGCUCUUUCCUUUUGGACGAUGACUCGAGCAUUCCAUUCACGGUGGAAGACAUAUCAAAGUCAAUGCAACAAGUGGAUGUAAAUGACAUCGAACCUCCUCAACUGAUCCGUGAAAACUCGGGUUUUGGAUUCUUACUCACACGUAAAGAAGGCAGUGCAGCAUAA